GAAAAAAAAAAGUCCUCUCCGCCCCUAUAAGUAUACGAGCGCAGCUCACCUUUUCUCCUCGCAGUUUGCAGUCGCGCACACAUCCGAACUCCCGAUCGAGUUCAUCUCGCGACCUCGGCUUCUGCUCUCUACUCACCGCCCGCGAGCUAACUCAAGUACGUCCAAGCCCCAGACCAUGGACUUCAGCGGUGACAUCGACGAUUUCUCUCUCCAGCUCAUCCGCGAACAACUUCUCGGCGACGAGGCCUGCCUCCCCGUCCCUGACGCCUCGGCGUACGCUGCGCCGGCUCAUCCCGUGCAGGCAGCUUUCCAGCCCACGGCGUUCUUGCCGCAGCAACAGCACCAGCAAGCUGCGUACGUGGACUUGACGCACGAGUACGCGGAUGCUACUGCGGAGGCCUUCAGGGCGGAGCCGAUGAUGAUACGGUUCGGGGGCGAGCCGUCCCCCGUGUCGCUGACUAUCUCGGUGCCCCGUACCUCGCACGCUUGGGGCGCCGCAGUGGCGCCUCUGCCGGGACAGGCCGCGGCCGUGGCCUUGGACGCGAACGACUUCCGGAAGUACCGCGGCGUGCGGCAGCGGCCGUGGGGCAAGUUCGCCGCGGAGAUCCGCGAUCCCAAGAAGCGCGGCUCGCGCGUGUGGCUCGGCACCUACGACACGGCCAUCGAGGCCGCGCGGGCCUACGACCGCGCCGCCUUCCGCAUGCGCGGUGCCAAGGCCAUCCUCAACUUCCCGAACGAGGUCGGCUCCCGCGGCGCGGACUUCCUGGCCCCGCCGCCGCAAACCGCCGCGACGUCGACCCACAACAAACGGAAGCUGCCCGACGCGCAGCCCGACGCCGAUGCUCCGGCCGGCGAGCAUGCGGCAAAGUCCGUGAAGACCGAGGCGUUCGGAUCUCCGUCGUCGUCGCUGACGUCGUUGUCCCCAGCGGCAACCACGACCUCGACGGUGACGUCCUCGUCAUCGUCGACGGAGGCUGGAGCCCACGAGAUGUUCCCGAUGACGCCGCCGAGCUGGACGUGGGAGCAGUGGGAGGGCGUGUUCGGGAGCCUGUCGCCGCUCUCGCCGCACCCGCAGCUCGGCUUCCCUGAGGUCGUCACUGUUAAUUAAGCAGUUAUUGGUCGCUUAAGCAUGAUUAGGUGUAUAUACUUUAAUAAUUAGCGGUUUUAAGCUAUGGACGGCCUUGGCUUUGGACUCAUCUUGGGGGCUUGCGCUGCUUGGAGUUGCAUUUAUGCGUGUACAAAAUGAAGGAGAUGAUAGAAUAUUAGUGCAUGUGUCGGUGAACUACACAUCGACAUAGAUCAAUAGAUGUGGAGAUAUAUACAUAGAUAAAUAUGGGGGAUAAUAAUAUCAAAAGUGAUAGUAUGGGGUGUUCGAUGUGACAUUGUACAUUAAGUAAAGAGUGUACGUGCUUAUUAUUAUGUAUUUGUGAAUCAGAUCAUGCAGUCCAUGUCUAUGUUGUUUA